CAGUAGCGGAGAGGACCGGAGCGCCCAGCGGCUGCGGCUGCGGCAACCUCCCGGCUGACGCUGCGUGCUCCGGGGCUCCGGCCGAGCUCGCCGCGCCCCCGGAUCUCUCCGCCCCUUCCCCACCUGGCACACACCUGCUCCAGGCCCGGGUCUUGCCAAGCGCCCGCACGGUGCGUGCCAGGGGCCCUAGGGAAACGGGGAUCGCGCGCGCGCCAUGGGGCCGCCGUCUGGAGCCGGGGUCUCCUGCCGCGGGGGCUGCGGCUCUUCCCGAUUCCUGGCGUGGUGCUUCUUGCUGGCACUGAGCCCGCAUGCCCCCGGCUCCCGAGGGGCCGAAGCAGUGUGGACCGCGUACCUCAACGUGUCCUGGCGGGUUCCGCAACCCGGAGUGAACCGCACGGUGUGGGAGCUGAGCGAGGAGGGCGUGUAUGGCCAGGACUCGCCACUGGAGCCUGUGGCUGGGGUCCUCGUGCCUCCCGACGGGCCCGGGGCUCUCAACGCCUGUAACCCGCACACGAAUUUCACGGUACCCACGGUUUGGGGAAGCACCAUGCAAGUCUCUUGGUUGGCCCUCAUCCAACGCGGCGGGGGCUGCACCUUCGCAGACAAAAUCCAUCUGGCUUACGAGAGAGGGGCGUCCGGAGCCGUCAUCUUUAACUUCCCGGGGACCCGCAAUGAGGUCAUCCCCAUGUCUCACCCGGGUGCAGGAGACAUUGUUGCAAUCAUGAUUGGUAAUCUGAAAGGCACAAAAAUUCUACAAUGGAUCCAAAGUGGCAUACAAGUAACAAUGGUCAUUGAAGUAGGAAAAAAACAUGGCCCUUGGGUGAAUCAUUAUUCAAUUUUCUUCGUUUCUGUAUCCUUUUUUAUUAUUACGGCAGCCACUGUGGGCUAUUUUAUCUUUUAUUCUGCUCGAAGAUUGCGGAAUGCAAGAGCUCAAAGCAGGAAGCAGAGACAAUUAAAGGCUGAUGCUAAAAAGGCCAUUGGAAGGCUUCAACUACGUACAUUGAAACAAGGAGACAAGGAAAUCGGCCCUGAUGGAGAUAGUUGUGCUGUGUGUAUUGAGCUAUAUAAACCAAAUGAUUUGGUGCGCAUCUUAACCUGCAACCAUAUUUUCCAUAAGACAUGUGUUGACCCAUGGCUGUUAGAACACAGGACUUGUCCUAUGUGCAAAUGUGACAUACUGAAAGCUUUGGGAAUUGAGGUGGACGUUGAAGAUGGAUCAGUGUCUUUACAAGUCCCUGUAUCCAAUGAAACAUCCCAUAGUGCCUCCCCCCAUGAAGAGGAUAACCGCAGUGAGACUGCAUCAUCUGGAUACGCUUCAGUACAGGGAGCCGAUGAGCCACCUCUGGAAGAGCACGUGCAGUCUGCAAAUGAAAACCUACAGCUGGUAAACCAUGAAGCAAAUUCGGUGGCAGUGGAUGUUGUUCCUCAUGUUGACAACCCAACCUUUGAAGAAGAUGAAACUCCUGAUCAUGAGACUGCUGUUCGAGAAAUUAAAUCAUAAAAUCUGUGUCACUAGAAAACUUGAAACUUUAGUAAUAACAGAACUGCCAAUCAGGGCCUAGUUUACUAUUAAUGAACUGGAUAAACGUAAUAAAAUAAGAAUGAUGUGGAAAGUUCUGAGAUGACUAAUAUUAUACUAUAGUUAAAAGGCUUACAAUAUUUAACCUAUUAACUUUUUUCCACAAACUCAUUAUAAUGUUUUUCAUAGGCAAGUUUCCUCUCAAUAGUGAUAGCAACAUUUUUAGACAUUCAAAACUCUUUAAAUAGUCAUGUUUUUCAUUUAUAACAAUUUUCUUAUAAAGAAACAUGUUGCUUUAAAAUGUGGAGCAGUAGUAAUCAUUUUAUUUUAUGAUAGUAUCUUAAUUAAAAAUUGUACUACUUUAGCUUGGGCUAUAUGUGUCAGGGUUUUUUCUCCAGGUGCUUAUAUUUAUCUGGAAUUGUAAUGUAAAAAGCAAUGCAAACUUAGGCUAGUAUUUCAUGAGAUGUCUAUUUAAACUACAUUAAGUUGAUAGAACAAGAUUAAAGCAAAACAUUUCAUUUUAACUUUUUCUUGUUUUAAAAAUUAGGCUAAAUGUACUUCAUGUGAGUGUUGAGCAUAGAUUAUCAAGAAUAUGGACUGAAUUGAUUUGAUGAUACCAAUUUGAUACAAGAUUUUAGACAAAAAGGUUCCUUACAGAAAUAUUGUGUAACUAUUUCUUCAAUAUGUGGGAUUUUCAGAAACACAGUGUAUAAAUUACUAUACUAUUUGAAAAUGGUAAUGACUAAGUCACACAAAAUUUGGUAAUUAAUCUUUGUGCAUGAAUUAGUCUACAGAAAACUUUCUAUGAGUCUGCUAAAAAAUGUUUUCCAAACAAUGUUGACUUUGAGAAUUGAGUUUACAUUUCUUCUAAAUGGACUAAAAUUACAUUAAAUAAACUACAAGUCUGUCCAUGUAGGGAUAAAGUUUGUGAAUGCAUUUUCUUGGUGUUUGAAAAAGAAUUGACAGGGUGGGGAGCAGGGAGAGAAUUCCAGGUGCCUUAAUAAAAAGUUUGAAGCUUCAUCCACCAAAGUUAAAUAGAACUAUUUAAAAAAUGCACUUUAUUUGUAUUCUGCGUAGCUUAUCUUUUAUUUCAGAGUUUUGUUUCCAGUGCAAAUUCCAGCAGAAUUUAGGCAAAACCAGAACAGACAUGUAUUUUUGUUUGCAGAAUGUAGAACAGAUAAAACCAUUGCAUUCUUGUACACUGAUUUGAAAUGCUGUAAAUAUGUCCUGAUUUGUAUUGAUUCUCUUUAAAUAUAAAAUGUAAAUAAAAUAUUCCA